AUGAGCUGCAAGACCCCACCCACACUCCAGGAGCUGGCGGAGGACAGCCUCCUGAAGAACCAGGACCUGGCUAUCUCUGCUCUAGAUGACAUACCUUCACUUUUCUUCCCAUCACUGUUCAAAAAGGCCUGCAGAAAUAGAUGCGUGGGGAUCAUGAAGGCGAUGGUGCAGGCUUGGCCCUUUCCCUCUCUUCCACUGGGGGCCAUGAUCAGUAGGAAGACUGCCUACAGGAGAAUCUUAGAGAUUAUCCUGUAUGGCUUUGAUGCCUUGCUUUUCCAGAAAGUUCCCCACAGGAGGUGCAAGUUGAAGGUGCUGGAUUUACGGGUCAUGCCUUUGAAGCUAUGGAACAGGUUGCCCGUGUUUGGGACUGCUGGCUGCAGUGAGAAUCCAGCAGUGGUGGGCCAUUCGGGAACAGAGGUGAAGCAGCCAGUGAAGGUGCUGGUAGACCUGGUCCUCAAGGAAAGCCCACUAGAUUCCACAGAGUCCUUCCUCGUUCAGUGGGUGGAUAGCAGGAAUGGUUUGGUGAGGCUGUGCUGUUGCAAACUGCAGAUCUGGGCAAUGUCCAUUUAUUACCACAGAAAACUUUUGGAGAUUUUGGAUCUGGACUCUAUCCAGGAGCUGCGGAUGUACUGCAUCAGUAAUCCCAUCUGCCUGCUUAACUUUGCCCCUUACCUGGGCCGCAUGAGGAACCUGCGCUGCCUCAUUCUCUCUCACCUCUGGCAGGCCUUCUCUAUGACCCCAGUGGAGAAGCAACAGGUUAUCACCCAGUUCACUUCUCAGUUCCUCAAACUGAAAUGCCUCCAGGUCCUGCAUCUGGAUACUGUCUUCUUCCUAGAGGGUCAUCUGGAUGAGCUAUUCUGGUGGCUGAAGACACCCCUAGAGACCCUGUCAGUGAUUGAUUGUAAGCUCUCAAAAUCAGACUGGAUCCAUAUAUCUGAGUUCCAGUGCACAAGUCAGCUAAAACACCUGAAUUUGAAAUGGGUCAAACUGACACAUUUGAGCCCAGAGCCCCUGCGAGUUCUGUUACUAAAAUCUGCAUCUACCCUGAUGUCCCUGGAUUUGGAGGGCUGUCAAAUGAUAGACUCACAACUCAGUGCCAUCCUACCUGCCCUGAGAUGCUGUACACAGCUCACCAAGUUCAAUUUCCAUGGGAACUAUAUCUCCAUGCCUAUCUUGAGGGAACUGGCAUAUAACGUUGUCAAGCAAAAAUCCCAACAGUCAAAGAUACGCUUUAUCCCAAGCUGUGAUCAUCACAGUGGUCCAAACUUUGAGGUCAUUUCUCAGCCUCAUAUUGUGUUUGUAGAUGUGGAGAGGACUACAGGGCAGCAAGACCAAGUCUUGUUUUAUGCUAUUUGCUCUGGAGAGUAUGUGUUGUGA